AAUGGGAUUCUGGGAAGUGUAAUUUUCCAAGGGAGGAGGUGGGAGGGGGAAAAAAAGGAAGAGCUAUUUUAAAAAAAAAAAAAAAACCAUAGAGCGCCGCGAUCCUAGAGCGACCGCGACGGGCGGAAAGCGGCCCUUACCGGAAGUGCGCCUGGCGCCGCUCUGGGCGCGCUCCUCUCUGGCUUCGUCAACGGGAUGCCGCGGCUGAGGCGGCGGGAUGGCGGAAGGCGGUGGGGCGUCUCCGCCCGACUCCGGCGGCCUCUUGCAGCAGAUCCUGAGCCUCCGCUUGAUCCCGCGGGUGGGCAACGCCACCAGCCCCGCCUGCGCCGCCGCCCUCUGCCACUUCACAGAGAUGUGGUAUGGAGUCUUCCUGUGGGCACUGGUAUCGUCUCUCUUCUUCCACAUUCCUGCAGGACUGCUGGCUCUUUUCACUCUCCGGAGGCACCGAUAUGGCAGAUUCAUGCCAGUGAGCAUCUUCCUGAUGAGCCUCAUUGGGCCGUUAGCUGCCGGGACCUUAACAAGUGCUGCAAUUGCCGGCGUCUACCGAGCUGCUGGGAAGAAGAUGAUCCCCUUUGAGGCUCUGACUUGGGGAGUGGGACAGACCUUCUGCGUGGUGAUAAUUUCCUUCUUACGGAUUUUGGCUACCCUUUAGCCCUCUUCCCUCCUUGGGUCCCGGAAGACCACUGGAGGAGUGUCGCUUGGGAAUCACGGAACAGGAGCUUCAAAAGCGUGAGAAAUUGCCACAAAACCGUUUUGCGCAAUACCUCUUUGAAAGAAAGAGAGCUUUGCAACAGCUUCGCUUAACUUGAGGUUGACUUGUUGAGAAGAAACCUUGCCCUGGAUUUGAGGCAAGGGGUCUCCCCGAAGGACCUCCCUCAUCUAAGGUCAGACAGCCAAAGUCAAGAGAGUGGUGGGUCCUUCUACACAUCAUCAUCAUCAUCUUCACUGACUUGGCUGCUUUCAAUGUCCACACUGUGAUACUGCCUGAGGGAUUGUCCUCGGGCUAAGAAUAAGAAGAAUGACCCACAAGGAAAUGUGGAAAUAUUCUCACUCACCGCUGUUGGUGAACGAGUCUUCAGGCGCCGGGUCUCGAACGAAAAACCGAUUCUGUGUUUAUAAGUUGUGACAUUUUUGUAACCUGAAGUGCCAACCUGAGCGUUUCUGUUUUGUUUUGUUUUUUUAAAGUAUGGUUAUCUGGUUUAGGUUGUGGGAGUGAGGCCGAUUUGACUCCAGAGAGCAAAAAGGAACGGGGUGACUGUUCUGUGUUACCUGAGUGGGUAACUCAGGUAACAAUGCUGAGUGGGGUUUCUGCUGGGACGGGGUGCAGAAUGCUUCACCCUGAUGGUUUGAAGCCUUUCCUAGGGAAAAAUGGGAAGGGGAGGCAGCCCAAGCAGCCGCAUCAACCUGCCCCCCUCCGACGGGAAGUGUUUGACCUCCCUGUUAGUGCUGAGUCCAAGAAGGAAAAUUCUUUACUGCUACCUCAAGAGCACAGGACAUAUUUAAAAUGUAAUUUUGCUGGCAGGUGGUUUUAUUGCAGGGGACAGAGGAGUGAAGGCAAGGACCGGAAAUGCAUUUCGAAACCUGGGAGGCUCCCUUUUAAUUCGCUUCUGGUGGACUCCCAGAGAAACCGUGGGAAACGUACAAGAGCCUCACCCUUUAUUGCUGGGUGGGUUCAAAGGAAGGAAGGAAGAAGCGGCUGCACUUUUGGAUAUGCUUGUCAGGAAUCCUCCAUUCCCCGCAGGCAAGAGGCUCGGAUUGCUUUGGGGACCUCACAAGUGCCUGGGCGCAAUGUUGCCCUCCCUCCUGGGAUCCCAUCAGUGCCCUUUCUCAGUGGCAGCCACGCGCUGCUGCCCAGGAGCUCACCAGUCUGCCUCACGGAGACAGAUCCCAGUGUAUUUACCCCAAGGGCAUGAGAGGAUUCAUUUGCUGGGAGGGAGGGAGGGAGGACAUGUCCUUUAGACUUCCUCAUUUAUCAGGAAUUUGACACCAUCCCUCUCUCUCUCUCUCUCCCCAAAAGGUCCUGUCUCUGCACCCCACUCCUCCCCACACCUCAAUGUUUGUGAAGCCUCCUGGAUGAUUAUCGGGGUGUCUUCUGAAACCCAUUUUCCUCUGAGCUCAAUUAAUCCUAUUUUUUUAAAAAAAGAAGUGCUGUGGGUCACAGGCAGGCCACCUGCAAGCGUCUCCCCCCCCACCCCAUUUUUAUCACUGUGAAGGAUUUCCUCAAUCGACCUAGUCAGAAAUGAGUUGUGUGCGAGUUUUUCCGCUCCACUUUACGGAAAGACACAUGCCAAAAAUGUGGUUUGUAUCUUGACAUAGGAGGCUUAACACAGGCCAGGGAAGUUUGCCUCAGCUCACAGGUGAUCGGGCUCGUCCUCCUUUGCCAUAUUCCCACUCACUGUGCCCCCUCCCCGAAUUUAAGUGCAUUUUACGGCUCUCGACAGCUGGCCCAUCAAUACGUUUUAAACGGUAAAGGUUUAAAAUGUGAUUGUUCUCAUUUUUAAUGUAUGGGUCGUGAUGAAGUGGCCAGAAUGUCAGAAAAACCUCGUGAUCGUUCCAACGCCUGUCGCUUUUGAUGCGUUCCGGAGCUGGUUGAAUGUGAUCACCCCAGCUGGAUGAUCUUCCUUCCACUGGCAAAUUGGUCUCUCAGCUCUCUUGUUUUAUACUUUCCCUUUAGUUUUGCCAGGCCUUUCUAACUUCCUUCGUGAGCCAGAUGCUUGAGGAGGUUAAAAAACUCUUUUUUCCCCCUCAGCCUCCUGAAUUCACUUGAUUGUUUGCACUCGGCGGGUUGGAAUUCUAGCUUUAGUGAGCAUGAAAGAUGAAAGGAUGAACCAAGUCAGGAAGAAUUGAAUCUGCAAUCUCAUUAUUACCCAGCAGCAGGGAGCUUGGUGAAACUUGAAAAAAGAAUAAAGAGUGAAAACUCACUCUUACUCAUCCAAAUGUAAGAACAGGACUAGCUGUUCCAUUCACUGCCUUUACCAAAUAUCUACAUUUGCAAACACGUUGACUUGCAAUGGGAGGAGGAGGAGAGUCUCUCUCUCUCACACACACAUACACACUCUUCGUGCAAUGGUGGAGAGGUUUGUUAGGAGCCUCCCACAAACUAAGGUUUAAAGGCAGGGCUGAUGGGACUCCUUCCUUGCGGCAAAUGUUUCCUUUGCAAACCUGCCAGAGUUGCACCUGUCCUCUUGCCGGCAAAUGCCCACGGCGUUUGCAUGCCACUGACCCCUGCAGCAAGUGCAAAACCAAUCUUUGUACAGAGGGAAGAAUAAAUCUCCCAAUACCGGUUUUUAUUUUUCUAUUGACAUUUCUGAUUCUAGCAUUGGUAUUUUAGCUAAUAAAAUCCCAGCUAAGUCUUACGAACAAA